GUUUUUGCUUCCAUUAUGUUUACCUGCGAUAUUUUCGGCUCAACUCCAAAUUUUCGCUUCUUUUGCUCUGCUUAACAAGCAUUUCCUCAACUGAACAUGUGACAUAACAAGCUCAAGCGUCACCUGAAUGAUCCGGUUACACAUAAUGAACGAAACUAAUAGAAAAAUCAAUAAAUAAAAGGAACUGGAAACCGCCAGAGAGAACGUUCCUAAAAGGAUUUUUUCUUUUUUCUUUUUCCUUUCAAGAGUCGAAGUGUUUUCUGGAUUCCUGUCGCUUUAAAUGACACCUCCUCCCAGCAGUCGGUGGAUCCUGAGCGAGUUUCAUUGCAACAAACACUGGGCUUCAUACAACAGGCAGCCUGUGUCUGUGCAGCAGCCUGAGCCACUCGGCGCAACAAGCCGCCGCACAGGAAGAACAAGAAGCUGACGCUUCUGGUUCCCCCCGGGCAAGCGCGGAAGAGACUCGGAGCUGCUGAACUACAGAUCUCAACAGUUGGCGAUCGUUUGCGGGGGAGCGCAGCUUUACAGCUGGACAUGGAGCGCCGGUGCCCCUCGCCUCUGUUUUGGAUUUAAUCCCGACUCUGCUCCCGUCUCCUGCAGAGGUGUGAGCGCAGAGAACAGGUGGAUCCUGUCUGCGUGCCGGCGUGUGUGUGUGUCGUUUCAUCUCGUCUUUAUGGGGAACCAGGUGGAGAAACUAACGCACAUCAAUUACGCGGAAGUACCAACGUCGGACCCGAACGGCUUCGACCCGGACGGUGACGGAACGCGGAUCGGCGUCUCCUACAUUUUCUCCAACGACGACGACGACCAGGACCAGGAAGACAACCUGGAGCACUUCCCCCCGGACAGCCGUCAGGUGAGCAACGAAGAGAAGCCAUUCGACCCGGACGACGAGCUGGAGUGCGUCGUCUACUACCGAGACGAGUGCGUCUACGAGCGGAGCUCCGGAGCCGCGUCCGUCUCCCCAGAGAGCCUCCUGGCCAAGUGCAGUCCGGGCGACCUGCUGGAGUUCGUGGCCACCGGCCAGUACCCGCACUGGGCCGUUUACGUCGGCGACUUCCAGGUGGUUCACUUGCACCGCGCCGAGGUCAAGAACAACUUUCUGACCGACGUGAGCCAGGGGAAGAAGGGCAGGAUAGUGAACGGCCUGUACCGGCACCGGGCGCUCCCGCCGGAGGUGAUCGUGCGCAACGCCAUGGAUCACGUCGGAACCAGAGACAGGGACCUGUCCUGGAGGAACUCCGAGUGCUUCGCGGCCUGGUGCCGCUUCGGGAGGCGGGAGUUCAAGAUCGGGGGGGAGUUACGGAUCGGGAAGCAGCCGUACAAGUUAAAGCUGCUCUUCUCCGAGAAGAAGAGCCACGUGUUGGAGUUUCAGUGCCUGGAGGACGUGAUCAUGGAGAAGCGCAGGAACGACCAGAUUGGCAAAGACGCCGUGAUGCAGGAGCUGGCCAACCAUCUGAACGCCACGCACGACCUCAAAGAGGAGCGCUUUGUAAACUGAUGGCUUUGUCCUGGACUUAGCGAAGGAGAUGCUGGACGGGAGGACGUGUUGCUGGUGUCGACGGAGAGCUCUGUUACCUCGUUAUGCGCCGGUCCAGAGUGCAUAAUGCUCUGGACCGGCCGUGUCACUCUGCCGCGGGAUGAGCGGAAGGAAGGAGGUGGAAAGUUUAUCUUCACACACGUUGAUAUCUCGAGCAGCACUUUGCUCCAUUCUCAAGUGCUUAAAAGCAAGGAAGCUCUCAAGGCUUGAGAAGAAUAUUUCAAUACCCCAAUUUGCACUGGCAAGUCAAAAAUAACACAAACCCCACUCCCCUACGUCCCUGUCUCCUCUCUUUAAAUUACCUCAACCUCAAGAUCCACUGAGUUACUGUGAUGAAUUUGCAUGAGAUCUACUUGCAGCCUUAUCUGUUAGGAGGGGAAGAAGAAGUAAGAUUUAAACGACCCUUGAAUCUUUGCACACUUGCGAGGAACCCUCCUAUGUGACCCGAGACCCAGUUCUCAGAGUGUGUGUUGCCCGUCGUCGUAAAACUCAGGUGCCGGAUACUGAUGCAGAGUGAGAGAGAGACUACCUGUAGCUUUUAUCACUGUUUUCUCUCAGUGUUAAGGAUUCUCAUGUGUUGCUUUAUAGCCAAUCAUCUCACAGCUUUACCUGUGGACUUUCCUGUUCAUAGCCAUAAUUGUGCACCUUCAAUGAUUUGCCACUUUUAACAGUUUUUUUUUUUUGACAAAAAUCUAAAACAAAAAUCAUGUUUGUAUGAAGGCUCAUGGAAUAAAUUUAUAUUUGAAGAUUAA